AUGUCGUUCUUUGGUAUGGGCCGCCCGCAGCUCUCGUCGGCCGAGAAGAUUGCGUCCGUCGAGGCCGAGAUGAAGAUGAUGUCCGACAUGCACAACCGCCUCAUCAAGGCCUGCGCCGCCAAGUGCGUGCCCACCGACUACCGCGAGAGCGAGCUCAACAAGGGCGAGAGCGUCUGCCUGGACCGCUGCGCGGCCAAGUUCUUUGCCGUGCACAUGAACGUGUCGGAGCACAUGCAGCAAGAGGCGGCAAAGCGCAAUGCCGGCGGCGGCGGCGGCAUGUUCUAA